UCUCCGGCGGAAGCGAUUGGUUGAUGUGGAACGAAAGAGGCGGGACAAAUUGCCGCGGGUUCAGUACGGCCAGUGGAACCGGGAGAUGCGGCGGCGCCGGGGCAGCAGCGGCGUCUGCUCUGAGUCGAGUCUCGUCCCUUCAGGCGGCUCCCUGUGCAGCUCGGAUCAUGCUGUUACCCUCGGAUGUAGCCAGGCUGGUAUUGGGUUACUUACAACAAGAAAACCUCACAUCUACAUGCCAGACUUUUAUUUUGGAAAGUUCAAAUUUAAAAGAAUAUGCAGAGCACUGUACUGAUGAAGGUUUUAUCCCUGCCUGCUUACUGUCCUUAUUUGGAAAAAACUUGACAACUAUUUUGAAUGAAUAUGUAGCUAUGAAAGCAAAAGAAACAUCAAAUGAUGUCCCAACAAUACUGUCAUCUCUGUGGAAGAAGCUAGACCACACACUUUCUCAGAUCAGGAGCAUGCAGAGUUCUCCAGGGUUUGCCGCCCAUCAGAGAGCCCGAACAAGAAAUGGAAUAGCAGAAAUCAAGCGACAGAGAUGGCUUGCAUCUCAAGCAGCUCCUGCCAGUUCAGAGUUAUUGGUUUUACCUUAUGCUUCAGGACAGUUUACCACUUCUCCUCUGGUUACCACUCAAGCUCUUAAGCCAACUGGCCAAACUUCAACUCCAGUGAGGUCAAGUAUUGUAGUGGUCAACCAGUCACAAAAUACAGUAACUACUGGAGAGUCUUUAAAUGUCAUUCCUGGUCCUCAGGAAAAGAAAGCUCAUACCAGUUUAAUGUCUCCUGGUAGACGUAAAAGUGAGUCACAAAGAAAGAGUUUCACGUCAUCUGGACCUCAUUCAUCAAUAAGGAAUUUCCAGGAUCCAAAUACAUUUGCAGUAGAAAAACAAAUGGUUAUUGAAAAUGCAAGAGAGAAAAUAUUAAGCAACAAAUCCCUUCAAGAAAAACUUGCAGAAAACAUAAAUAAGUUUUUGACUAGUGAUAGCAGUAUUCCUCAAGUACCUAAGCAAACAGACAGCAACCCAGCUGAGCCGGAAACUUCAAUUGAUGAACUCCUAGGACUUCCGAGUGAAAUCCACAUGUCUGAAGAAGCAAUACAAGAUAUAUUGGAACAGACAGAAUCAGACCCAGCAUUUCAGGCACUCUUUGAUCUCUUUGACUAUGGUAGAACAAAGAACAAUAAAAAUAUAUCACAAAGUGUUUCUAGCCAACACAUGGAAACUAAUCCUAAUGUAGUCUUAACUGAAGAAGCUAAUCUAACAAUUAAAAAUUCUUUUGAAACAGAAGAAUCUGGUGGGCAGUCUGGUCAGCCUCCAUUUUGUACAUCCUAUCAAAAUGAAGAUGUAUUAUUAAGCGAUUUGAAGAAUGGCAACAGCCACGAUGUUCUUCAGCAGGAAUCCCAGGAAAGCUUCUCCCAGAUAAGCUCUAACACUCAAAAAAAGUCCUUUAAAACAGCCAUCCCUGGUGAACAGAAGUGUGCCCUUGACAUUGCCUUUGAGUCCGUGUCUAAUUUGAGUGAUUUUAACCAAAGAGGAAGCUCCACUGAAUGUAAUGAACAUUGUUCUGAGUUGUACGCCAGUCAGACGCCCACUGAGGCUGAAGUGGCUGUGGGUGGAAGGAACCCUUUGUCUCCAGGUGUGCUGCAUGACCCUCCGCUGAAGCCUCAUCAGCCCAGCAUGCCAGUGACUCCACUUGUGUCUCUUAGUGGUGGAACCAAUGAUGAAAACUUAAUUCUCUCUGGGAAAAAUACUCAGCUGUUGUCCCAAAGUACUCAAUUAACUGGAAAGCCAUCUAAAAGUCAAUUUGGUGAAAAUUGUAACAGCAUAAUAAAAGUUAAAGCGAAUUCCCAUGAUUCUGAGUCACCAGAUUGUAGUGAAACUCAAAACAGUAAAAUUGAAACUACUAGUGUCUCACCAGUCGCAGCGCAGCCACUACCAGACUGCCAAGAUAAUUCUCCACUGCAAAGCAAGACAUCACCUGCAACUGUUGAGAGUUUAGGUUUAAAUGUGCCCCAACAGGUAGAAAUUCAUCUUGAAGAGUCAGUCACUUCAGAUAAACAGCAAUCUAACAGUUCAACAUCUGGUCACUUAAAUCAUUUGGAAAGCAAUACUGAGCCACUUAGGUCUGAGAGCUCCCAAGACCCUUGCUCUUCUUCAAAAGAUGGAGAUACUAUUUUUCUCUCUUUGAGUGGACAUAACAGCUGUGAAGACGUGGCACUGGUUCCUAGAGAAGGUAAUACUGUAAAAAAUAAUCACCCGCUUCCAUCAGAGUCUGUUGGUUCAGUGGGAGGGUCUCCUGAGACCCAAAAUACUGAUGGUAAACCUAGCAUCAACUCAGCAGAGGUAGAUACAUCAAGUAUUGUCUCUCUCAAAAUUAUCAUUAGUGAUGAUCCAUUUGUUUCCUCAGAUGCAGAGCUUAACAGUGCUGUAUCUAGUAUCAGUGGGGAAAAUUUGCCAACAAUAAUUCUGUCUUCUAAAUCUCCUGCCAAAAAUGCAGAACUUGUUACAUGCCUGUCUUCAGAAGAAACUGCAAGUGCUGUUGUCUCUGUUGAAGUAGGAGAUUCUGGCUCCACGGAGCAGAACCUUUUAGUGCUCAAACCCGAAGAAGCUGUGGUAAACAAUGCUCAGAAUGAAGAUGGCAUUGCUUUUUCAGCCAACGUCGCACCGUGUGUUUCUAAGGACGGAGGAUACAUACAGCUGAUGCCUGCCACAGGCCCAGCAUUUGGCAAUUCAAGUAACAUUCUGAUAGCUACCUGUGUGGCUGAUCCAACAGCCUUGGCACCUAGUGUCAGUCAGUCUAAUGUAGUGGUAUUGCCUGGGAAUUCUGCACCUAUGACUGCACAGCCUCCUCCACAGCAGUUACAGACACCACCAAAGUCCAACGGUGUAUUUGCUGUCAACCAAGCUGUGUCACCAAACUUCUCACAAGGGUCUGCCAUCAUAAUUGCUUCUCCAGUGCAGCCUGUACUCCAAGGGAUGGUGGGAAUGAUACCCGUGUCUGUAGUGGGACAGAAUGGAAACACAUUCUCUACUCCUCCUCAGCAGGUCCUUCAUAUGCCUUUAGCAGGACCUGUUUGUAAUAGAAGUAUCACUCAAUUCCCCAUUCCUCAAAAAUCUCAGAAGGCUCAGACACUCAGAAACAAGCCUAUUACAGGAAAACAGCUAAAUAAUUCGACAGAUUUAUCCACUCUUUCAGAAGCAAGCCAUACGCAAAGUAGAAGCGAAGCCUCUGAUAAGACUGUAGCCACUGAGUUUGGGAAGAAGUUGGAAGAGGUCACGAUUCCCCUCCCCGCAGAGAGGGCAGCUCCGGCCAGCAAGCCAUCUGAAAGCCACAGGCGGGUGCUCUGUUUUGAUAGCACUGUUUCUUCUGGGGCAAAUGCACAGGGGCCACUUCAUAAGGCGACCUCCCAAAACAAAGAAAAGAAGGAAACUUCUUUUCCUCAUCUUGAGUCACCCACUGUGUCCUCCACCUUAAAACCACCUUCUAAUAAUGCCAUUAAAAGAGAGAGAGAGAAAACUGUACCCAAGAUUUUAUCUAAAUCAGAAACUGCCUUUAGCCGACACACCACUAUGAAAGAAACUCAGUCUGAAAAGAAAGUUUCCCCCACAGAAGUGGCCCUUGAGUCUUUCCAUAAAACAACAGCUAACAAGGAGAAUGAAUUGCGCAGUGAUGGGGAAAGGCAGAAGAAUCCAGAGACUCCAAAACUGCCUGUCAGCCAGCAGAACGGAAACUUAAGGAAUGAGAAAACUAUAGCUUCAUUGCAGGAAUUGUCCAAAAAACAGGCCGCACCCUCAAACAAUAAAAAUUCUGCUUCUGUAGGUGGAGCUGUGAAGGACCUAAAACAAGAGCAGAGUAAAUCUGCCAGUUCUUUACUUGGUGCAGAGAUACUGCAGGAUGUUCCGAUGCACAGCCCAGCAAAUAGGAUUGCUGACACUGACUUGCCAGUACCCCGGACACCUGGCUCAGGAACAGGGGAGAAACAUAAGGAAGAACCCGCUGACAGUAUGAAGGCCCCCUCUAGUAGACGCUUCGGGGACGAUGGCAGCGUGCCCAGGAUAAUGAUCCCUCCCGUCACUGCAGACUUACCUGCCUGCAGCCCGGCCAGUGAAACGGGCAGUGAAAACAGUGUGAGCAUGGCUGCCCACACCCUCAUGAUCCUCUCCAGAGCAGCAAUUGCUAGGACUGCAACGCCUCUGAAAGAUAACACUCAGCAAUUUAGAGCUUCUUCAAGGAGCACCACAAAAAAGCGGAAACUUGAGGAAUUAGAAGAGCGAGAGCGAAACUCCCGUACUUCUGGUAAAAAUCUUGCAAAUUCGUCAGUACCAAUGAAAAAGAAGAAAAUCAAGAAAAAGAAGCUACCUAGUUCGUUUCCAGCAGGAAUGGAUGUGGACAAAUUCUUGCUGUCAUUGCAUUAUGAUGAGUGAACGCCCUGCCAUACAGAACAGUAGCUAUUUAAAGCUAGCGUCCUUCAGUCUGCAUGUAGGGAACGGGCUAGUGACAGACUGCAAACCUGACUGCACUUUGAUCAUCCUGAGGUCUCACUUUAUAUAAGUCACGCUGUUUCUGAAGCAGCUUCCUAGUUUGUAAAUAGACUUUCUUGGUAUGUUUUUAUUUUAGAAAAAAAAUACGCAGAAAUGUAAGUUUAGAAAAAUAUACGCAGAAAUGUAAGUAAAGCCAAUCUGCAAAACUGUACAGCUUUGACACUGUGUGUUGUACAUGUGUAUAUUGUGUAGAAGUAGAGCUUAAAUCCACCUAAUGUUCCCAGAGUCUUGACACCUGUGAUACCGGAGGCUUAUUCCUGUUGGAGGAAGAUAGAUGAUGGUUGUUCUUCUAAAAUUACCUUCAGCCAAUAUUAGAUAAGACAUUUAAAUAAUGAUAAACACCUCAGCUGGUUAGUAAAUAUCUAACAGCAACAGUUUGAUGAUUUUCCCCCCUUAGAGUCAAUAUUUUAUCACACUUUCUCAUAAAUUGCAGUAAAAACUAAAUUUCUGAAGUUUUAUACCUUCUGAUCAUCUGUUCUCUUGGUUUUAAAGAGACUUUUAUAACCAUUUAUUAAGUGUUCUAAUAUUUUACUUACAACUCUUUGAAGUCUUUAUAGAACAUUAAGUGGUUAGACUAUUGAGCCAUAAAAAUUUGAGUUAUGUAGUAGUUAAGAUUUCUUGAUUAUAUAUAAACUUUCCCUAAGCACUGGGGAUACAAAGAAUUGCACUAAUUUGUAGAACUUUUUGCAUACUAGUGACCAAUGCACAUUUAAUUUAAAUCUUGUAUAUAGAAGCUUAUGUGGAGGAUCGUCUUCUGGUGUUUUUGAAAGUCAUGUCCAUCAUAAGAUGUAAAAAUGCAAAUCAUAGUUAUAUUGUAAUUUAGUUUACCCUUAAAUGGGAUGUGUAAAUAACUGUGUCUAUACUUAACCUAUAGAACAUCGUGUUCUUUAAAGUGUUAUAGUUACUCUCAAAAGGUCCUUAAGGGGAGUGAGAGGUGCCUUCUCUGUGUUGGAUUGACUCAUAAACAACAGUCAAGUUAAAAAGCUGGCUUAAACUUUAAAGUAAUGAUAGAAAUUAUCAUUAAUACUUGACCAAUUGUGCCUAGAUAUUGAAGUGUUUUCUUAAGUUCUUACUGUUUAACUAAAUAUCGGUAUAUUAGGAUUUUUUUUUUCCUACGGGUGUAUAUUUUAUUAAAAAGUCACUUUCUUCAACCAUUUUUUGUACUGGGCCUUCAACAAAUAAAUCCACCCUACUGUAACAAAAUCAAAAAGUCGUCAGUAUAGAAAUUAUGUCUUUAAGUACUAGACUUUACUGUACAAACUUAUAUUGUGAGAAAAUUUUAUAUGACUAUAUUCUUAAAGAAGUAAAUAAUCAUACAGUUAAUGUUUACAUGACUCAGCUUGGGUCUGUCCUAUAGUUAGGUUUGAAUAAAUAUAUUUUCAUUAACUUUACAAGUUUGGAUUUAUAUUGACAGUUCUGUUUAGAAACUUUUGGUUGACUAUCUUUGCAGCUUACUUAAUUCUUACUGUUUUUUAGGAAUUCACAUAAUGCAG